AUGCUUACACAUAGUAAUCUUUUGCAUCAGGUUAAUAAUUUGUGGGACAUUGUCCCUGCGGGGCCCGGGGAUAGAUUUUUAAGCAUGCUUCCACCUUGGCAUGCAUAUGAACAAGGGGAAGCUAUGUUAAAGGAAGAGCUGCAAAACAUGGAAAGAUCACAAAAGAGGGAAGGAGUGGAUAUGACAUAUCUUAAAAAUUUCAUAGUAAAGCUUCUUGAAACAUGUGAACCAGAGCCCUUGACUGGUGAAGAGCAUGGUUUUAAGGCCGACUUAAAGGAGAUUAAGAAACUUCAGAGGUACAGAGACCAGAUUAAGACAUGGAUACAGUCCAUCAAGAUCAAGGAUAAGAAGGUUAGUGCCUCUUAUGAGCAGGCUCUGAUGGAUGCUCGCAAGCUUAUUGAGCGAGAAAUGGAACGUUUUAAGAUUUGUGAAAAGGAGAAAAAGAAAAAAGCUUUCUCUAAAGAAGGCCUAGGACAACAGCCUAAAACGGAUCCAAAGGAGAAAGCCAAAUCAGAGACUAGAGAUUGGUUAAACAAUACACUAUGCUACUGCCUUUAUAGCAUUAUACUAGUGUCUGAGCUGGAAUCUCAAAUCGAUAGCUUUGAAGCUGAGAUGAAGGUGUUAUCUGUUAAGAAAGGAAAAGCAAGACCUCCAAGACUGAAGUCUUUUUGCCAAAAGCAUUCUCAUCAGCAAAAGGUUCAUAUUGAUUUAGUAUAA